CUCAACUUUUUGGGUUGUAGUUGUACCUAGCCUAAGGGCCAAGAGAGGAGAAAUUCUUAGGUGGUGUUUCCUCACCACGUGGUUUUAGGGCCAUCCAAUCAAAAGAAAUAAAAUUUUUCCUCUUUUCCGAAACUGUCUCUGCUCUCUAUAUGUACAAUAUCCAAAGGACCCCAUUCUGGAUAGUGAUUGGUCUGCCGCACCACGUGGCUGUGUGGGUGACCCACGCAAGUCUUUCUCCCGAGAGAGAGAGACUUUGACUGGACCUAACUCCCUAUAAAUUCAUACUGCUUGACAAGAGACGCACUGCUGCUAUAUUCUACUUUUCUUCACUAAUCAAUCAACAUUAAUUACUUUGUUCUUCUUCCUUGAUGGCAGAGUUCUUUACUUUCAUUCCCCAGGAAAUGCUUACGAAACUGGCUUCACUAGCCGGACAAGAACUCAGACUUCAAUGGGGAUUCAAUGAAGAAUUAACAAUGCUGCGUGAAACACUACUCAUGGUUGAAGCUUUGUUACGUGAUGCAGACCAUCCGCGACAUAAUCAGGGUGAGGCGGUGCAACGGUGGGUGGCUAAGCUUGAAGACAUAGCUUAUAAUGCUGAUGAUCUUUUGGACGAGUGCAGAUAUGAAGAGCUCCGACGUCAGGUGGAGCCGCGGACCCGAAUGGACACUACUCUCAAUUCCCUCUCACUCUCCAAGUGCAGAUUUCGGCGGAGAACAGCACGGAAGAUUCAGAAAAUCAAUGAAUCUUUGGAGAAGCUGUACAAAUUGGCGCCUGGUAUUGGGUUAGUGUCUGCAUCAUGGCCAUCUGCAAAUGCAACAACCUCUCAUAACAGGGAAACUUACUCCUUCUUUGAUAAAGAUGAAGAGAAUAUCAUUGGCAGAGAGGAGGUAGUGUCUGAUAUAGUGACAAACUUGAUCAACUCAAAUAGUGGUCAAGCAAGUCACCUUUCCGUUUUGGCUAUUGUGGGCAUGGGAGGCCUCGGGAAGACAACUGUGGCUAAACUAGUAUGCCAUGAUCCUAAGAUAGAAGAACACUUCGAUCGAAAGAUAUGGAUAUGUAUAUCUACUGAUUUCCAAGUCAUGAUGAUAUUAAGGAGGAUUUGGCAAUCUUUUAAACACGGAACUGCAGUAGAAGGCAAGGAUGAACUAUGUAAAUCCCUCCAACAAGAGUUGAAAGGGAAAAGAUAUCUUCUCAUACUCGAUGAUGUUUGGUGCCUUGAAUCUGAAAAAUGGGAAGAGUUGAUCAAUUGCUUGUUAAAUGUUACUGAUAGGGUGGGGUGCAACAUCAUUGUCACUACCCGCAACGUGAGGGUUGCAUCAACCAUUGAAUCAAUUGUGCAAGCAUUUUCUAUGCGUGAGAUGGAUAAGCUAUCAAACGACCAAUGUUGGCAGAUAUUGAAGAAUAGAGCGUUUCCGGAUGGACGUGCUCAUAUAAAUGGAGAUCAAGAAAUCAUUGGAAAGGAGAUUGCUAGAAGAUGUGCAGGCUUACCACUAGUGGCUAAGGUUUUGGGAAACAUGAUGCGCUCCAAAAUGAGUGAUGGAUGGGGGGCAAUAAUAAAAAGCAGUAUAUGGGAUUUGCCUGAAGGAGAAGAGAAAAUCUUGUCAAUUUUAAAGUUGAGUUUUGACGAACUAAAAUCACCAUCUUUAAAACAAUGUUUUGCGUACUGCUCUAACUACAUCAAAGAUUUUGUAUUCGAAAGGGAGGACUUAAUCCAACAUUGGAUGGCUCAAGGAUGGCUACCUCCUUCUUCCAAGGAAAGUAAUCUAGAGAUGGAAGAUAUAGGUGAAGAAUAUUUUAAUAUCCUAUUGGAAAACUCUUUUUUUCAAGAUGUUACGAGAGACUACUAUGGAAAUAUCAUCUAUUGCAAGAUGCACGAUCUUGUGCAUGAUGUUGCAGAACGUGUAUCAAAAUCUUCGCAGGAAAGAGGUCGCUCAUUUGUUGGCGAUCAAUUCUUUCUACCAAUUGCAAGCUUUCAGACUUUGCGAGUCUUGGGAUUAUACGGGUCAAAUAUUAAGGAGUUACCAGUUUCAAUUGGAAAAAUGAAACACUUGAGGUAUCUGGAUAUUUCUGAUACAAGGAUUACAGCACUCCCCAAAUCUAUUGGCAAGCUUUAUAACCUACAGACUUUGAAAAUGGAAGGUCUCCACUUGAAAGAGCUUCCAAAGGAACUGCUCAAUUUGAUCAAUUUGAGACAUAUUUGUCCCAUUAGAUCAAGCGUAUUUCUUUCACAGCAGUUUCCAUGGCCAGCUGGGAUGGGGCGAUUGACUAACCUUCAAUCAUUACCUUAUUUUACGGUGCGUAAGGAGAUAGGUUGGGGAAUCGAGGAACUGGGCGGCUUGAAACAAUUGAAAGGUGGAUUAACUAUUUAUCAUCUGGAACAUGUGAGAGAUAGAGACGCAGCUAAGAAAGCAAAUCUAGUGGGGAAGCGUAUACGUGAUUUGAGCUUUAGUUGGUCGAGUAACGAACACCGGGCAAGCAGCAGCAACAUUGAUGAGGAUGUACUGGAAGCACUUCAACCACACCCUAAUUUGGAAUUCUUAAAGAUUGAAAACUUCAUGGGUGAUAAAUUUCCUUCAUGGAUGAUGAGCAAGUUGUCUCUACCCAGAAAUUUGAAAGAGAUCGCCUUUGGGGGCUGCAACAAAUGUGAAGGAGUCCCAAAACUUGGCCAUCUGCCUAAUCUUAGAUCUCUUCUCAUGGACAGAAUGUCAAACCUGAAAUGUCUAGGAUCUGACUUUUACGGUUACGAUCCCCAUGAGGCUACGACAGGUUCUCAGACGAAAGCUCUGUUUCCUGCAUUGAAGAGUUUGCAUAUUAAAAACGCCAAGAAGCUAAUCGAAUGGAGUGAACCACAAGUAUUGUUGCCAACAGAGGCGUUUCCAUGUCUUGAGGAGCUUAUUCUGUGGGAUUGUCCCCAAUUAACAAGUGCUCCCAGUUAUUUUCCAUCUCUUCAGACGCUGAGUAUGAGUGGAAUAGAUAGCGCUGUGCCAGCAAGAAGUAUUCUUAGCGAACUGACCACUCUCACUUAUCUCCGUCUAGUAUGGUUGAAGGGAGUUAACUGCCUGCCGGAAGGGACGUUAAGGAACAACAAGAAUCUUGCACGUUUGGUGAUAAUACAUUGUUGGGAGUUGACUUGUAUUGCUCCCCAUGGAUUUGGUUGUUGCACUUCUCUUCAGUCACUGGAGAUUUCAACCUGUAAUAAACUGAUGUAUUUACCUGAGGGGCUACUUGCACCAUCUCUAAAGAUGUUGGAUAUAAGGACCUGCGACAGUCUGGAGUCCAUCCCAUUUACGGAGGGGAUAGAAUACAGCAGUCUUGAAACCUUGAGAAUCAAGAAAUGCAACAUAACGUCCAUUCCAAUUUCACAGGGCUUGCCAUCCCUUCGUGUACUGGAGAUUUUUCAUUGUCCUAAACUGUCGAGCCUCCCCAGUGGACUAAACUGCUGCACCUCUCUUGAGAAGUUGGAGAUAAUAAACUGCCCCAGUCUGGAGACAAUUCCAUAUUUAGCAUCCCUCACCAGCUUGAAGAUAUUGAAUAUCGGUGCCUUCUGCGAUCUCGAUUCAUUCCCUGCUAUACCGGUCAUGCCACAACUUGAGGAACUAAGGCUGGAAGGGUGGCCUAAGCUCAAGUCUCUGCCUGAACAGAUUCAACACUUCACUUCUCUCACGUCUUUGACCAUAUGCUCCUUCGACCAUGUGGAGGAAAUUCCAGACUGGUUCGGAAACUUCUCUUCUCUUGACUGCCUCAACAUAGAGCGUUGCCAAAAUCUAAAGGAACUUCCUUCACUCCUAGCUAUGCAACGCCUCACAAAAUUAAGAUUCCUGUUCAUCUAUGACUGUCCUAUAAUUGAAAGAUGCAGGACGGGCGGCCCAGAGUGGCCCAAGAUUUCUCAUAUCCCACAUGUCCGUUUGGAAUAGUAUAAAUGCAUAUGUAUGAAGCUAUGCAUCGAGGUAAGGCAAACUAUUCAAAAAUGGUUGUUCCUUUCCACUGCUGUGCUGAUCAUGAGAAGAUAUAUAUUAGAAAGCACUCCAAUUGCUGAGGCAGCAAGGUGACGAAAUUAUAGUUGCAGUUCCUGGUGUUAGUAACAUCUUGUAUAUUCACAAGGUGGCUUUCAGUCAACUGUCAUGUAAGAGAUGCAAAACAGUUUCCUGGUACUUCAGCUCCCUUUCCCCUGAAGAUAAUACAGGGUUGAUCAACACCUUUCUAAUAUUUGGUUUGGCUGUUCGCAAGUUAUUAGAGGAACACUGCAGGUGAUUAAAUAUACAUCAAUUUCCACGUGAGUCUCUUCCUUAGUGCCAAGUCAAGCUGAUCAGGAAAAGUGUGUCCCAAGUACCCUCCAGAGUCCAGAGUAUUUCAGGAAAGCAUUAACAGCUUGCAUUCAAAGCAAGACUACUGGACACGAUUUUCUCUAUCUUUGUUAUCAGAGAUUUUGUUGGCGAUAUCAAGGGGUUGUGUUGGACUGCAAAGAAACUUAGCCAUCAAAUCUGAGAGCUUUGGAUGUCUUAUAUGGGCUGAAUCAGUGAAUCCUACGUUUAAGGAGCCUCAAUUCCAUGCUUUGAGGGACUCCCUCCCCAUUAAAUAGGAGGACUACAUUCCAUUCACUUCUUACUCUACUCUGCUGCUGUUUAGCCAAACUAAUGUAAAAUGUAACCAUAUUUUAUUUAUAGUGAAACCAGUAGCAAACAACCGUGACGUAGCACGAAACUUUGCAGAGAUUUAUGUGUUCGAUUUGUGUGAACACAUAAAUCUCGUGUUUUCAUGGGUGUCAUACUGUGAGUGUCUUGAACCUCAAAGUUUGUGUUUUAAAAACCUCAUAGUAUGGGUCCUGCAUUAUCAGUUCUUUCUUUCUUCUCUCUUGCUUAUCAGGGAUUAUGUUGGCAAUGUGGAAUAUUUGGUUCUGUUGUACAGAGGAAACUUUUAUCCUUCUGUGUUU